CCCGGACCCCCCCGGGCGCCGCGGGUCCAGGCGGCCCGGAUGGCGGUCGCGGCGGCAGGGGCAGGGGCCGGGGCCGGCGCGGGCAGCAGGCGCGGCCACCACUGACGGGGAGUCGGCCGCCCAGAGCAGGCCGAGGAUGCAGCGCUGGAAGGCGGCGGCCUUGGUCUCGGUGUUCUGCAGCUCUGUGCUCUCCAUCUGGAUGUGUCGGGACGGCCUGCUCCUCAGCCACCGCCUUGGACCCGCGCUGGCCCCCCUGCACCGGCCGCCUCGCACCCUGGACGCCCGGAUCGCCCGCUUGGCCCAGUACCGUGCACUGCUGCAGGGCGCCCCGGACGCGGUGGAGCUGCGUGAGCUGACGCCCUGGGCCGGGCGGUCCCCUGGUCCGCGCCGUCGAGCGGGGUCCCGGCGGCGGCGCGCGCGUGCGCGGUCGGGCACGCGGCCGUGUGGGCUGCGCGAGCUCGAGGUGCGCGUGAGUGAGCUGGGCCUGGGCUACGCGUCGGACGAGACGGUGCUGUUCCGCUAUUGCGCAGGCGCUUGUGAGGCGGCCGCGCGCAUCUACGACCUGGGGCUGCGGCGCCUGCGCCAGCGGCGGCGCGUGCGGCGGGAGCGGGUACGCGCGCAGCCCUGCUGCCGCCCGACGGCCUACGAGGACGAGGUGUCCUUCCUGGACGCUCACAGCCGCUACCACACGGUGCGCGAGCUGUCGGCGCGCGAGUGCGCCUGCGUGUGACACUACCUCACCGGCCCGGCGAGACGGCGGCUACGCUCCAGCCCCGACGGCGUCCACCGUCCCGCCUGGCAAGACCCCCCAGCGGACUGCUCAUGCGCAGGAGAUGCAGUCGAGGUCUCGGGGCUCUCGCGAUAACUGUACUGAGAUAAAGUGUGGAAAACCGA